CGCUGUCAAAACAAGCCCAACAACAGAAGGAGGGUCGCGCGGGAGAGACUGGCUGCGCUCCUUUCCUUUCGGCUUCCUCUUGGGCGCCGCCAGGAGAAGGAGACGGAGACGGAGAAAGAGGAGGAGGAGGAAGCGGUGUGGAAGCGCGAUAAUAAGCCAAAGGAGGUGUGUGGACGGACCCUCGCGGGGAAACUCAUUGUCCAAGUUGGGAGAGACAAAGAGAGAAAGAGAGAGAGAGUUUGGAACUCUCGGAUCAUGACUCCAAUGGAGGACCCCGCCCCCGCGGCGCCGUAAGAGAGAGAGGACACGCGUGUCGGUGUCGCCGUCUCGUGGGAAGGGGUGUUUCUCUGACCCCGAUGGAGCCCAAGGGCGAGGAGGACGCGGAGCUGCUGGAUCCUCUUGCCCUGGCGGGGCGGAGGAGGGAGCGGCGGAGCGGGGUCCUGCCCGACGCCCACGAGGCCGGCCUCCUGGAAGCCGCGCGCGCCGCCCCCAGGCGCAGCAGCAUCAUCAAGGACCCUGCAAACCAAAAAUGUGGGCAGAAGAAAACCGUCUCCUUCAGCAGCAUGCCAUCGGAGAAGAAAAUCAGCAGUGCAAAUGACUGCAUCAGCUUCAUGCAAGCGGGUUGUGAACUGAAGAAAGUCCGGCCAAAUUCUCGUAUUUAUAAUCGAUUUUUUACUCUUGACCCUGACUUACAAGCACUACGUUGGGAGCCAUCAAAAAAGGAUCCUGACAAGGCUAAACUUGAUAUUUCUGCUGUAAAAGAAAUCCGAUUGGGUAAAAACACUGAAACAUUCAGAAACAAUAGUCUGGCGGAUCAGAUUUCUGAAGACUGUGCCUUUUCCAUAAUACAUGGGGGGAAUUAUAACUCUCUGGACUUGGUUGCCAAUUCAGCAGAUGUGGCCAACAUUUGGGUAUCAGGUUUGAGGUACUUGGUUUCCCGAAGCAAGCAAUGUCUGGAUUUAAUAGAAGGUAGUCAGAAUACUCCACGAUUUGUGUGGCUUAAAUCUGUGUUUGAAGCUGCAGAUGUUGAUGGCAAUGGGAUCAUGUUAGAAGAUACAGCUGUGGAAUUAAUAAAACAGCUGAACUCUGCCUUAAAGGAGUCAAAAAUCAGGUUAAAAUUUAAGGAAAUCCAGAAGAGCAAAGAGAAGCUAACAACUCGUGUAACAAAAGAGGAAUUUUGUGAAGCAUACACUGAGCUUUGCACUAGACCUGAUGUUUAUUUUUUGCUGGUGCAGAUAUCCAAAAACAAGGAAUACUUAGAUGCCAAUGACCUCAUGCUUUUUUUAGAAGCUGAGCAAGGGGUCACAAAUAUAACUGAAGAAAUGUGUCUUGAUAUUAUUCGUAGAUAUGAAUUUUCAGAGGAAGGGCAGUUGAAGGGUUUCCUUGCAAUUGAUGGAUUUACUCAAUAUUUGUUGUCCCCAGAAUGUGAAAUUUUUGAUCCCACACAUAAAAAGGUUGUCCAAGACAUGACCCAGCCUUUAUCACAUUACUAUAUCAAUUCAUCUCACAAUACCUACCUGAUAGAAGACCAGGUCCGAGGGCCGGCAGAUAUCAAUGGCUAUGUCAGAGCACUGAAGAUGAACUGUAGAAGUAUUGAACUUGAUGUUUGUGAUGGACCAGACAAGGAGCCCAUAAUCUGUAAUCGUAACAGCAUGACGUCACCUCUGUCCUUUCAAUGUGUCAUUGAUGUGAUCAACAAAUUAGCCUUCGUUUCAUCAGAGUAUCCUCUUAUUCUCUGUUUGGAAAACCACUGCUCUAUACAGCAGCAGAAAGUCAUGGUUAAACAAAUGAAGAAGACCUUUGGAACCAAGUUGUACACUGACGCACCAUUCCCAUCGGAGACAUACCUUCCCUCUCCAGAAAAACUGAAAAAGAAAAUCAUUGUGAAAGGAAAGAAACUACCUUCGGGUGAAGAUUUAUUAGAGGGAGAAGUCAGUGAUGAAGACGAAGAGGCCGAAGUAUCUCGAAGAAUGUCUGAAGUGUCUGAGGUGUUACCUAAGAGAUCCUGGUUGUGCAAGGAACUGUCUGAUCUUGUCUCUAUAUGUAAAUCUGUCCAGUUCACAGAUUUUGAGAGCUCUAUGAAAAACCAAAAUUACUGGGAAUUCUGUUCCUUCAGUGAAGCUGAAGCCAGUCGAAUUGCAAAUGAGUGUCCAGAGGACUUUGUAAAUUAUAAUAAGAAAUUUCUGUCUCGGAUAUACCCGAGUCCCAUGAGAAUAGAUUCUAGUAACCUAAAUCCUCAAGAUUUCUGGAACUGUGGCUGCCAGAUAGUAGCAAUGAACUAUCAAACACCAGGACCCAUGAUGGAUUUACAUACGGGCUGGUUUUUACAAAACGGGGGAUGUGGUUAUGUCCUGAGACCUUCCGUUAUGCGGGAAGAGAUUUCUUACUUCAGCGCAAAUACAAAAGGCAUAGUCCCAGGGGUUUCCCCUCAAGUCCUACAUGUCAAAAUCAUCAGCGGCCAGAAUUUUCCAAAGCCCAAAGGUGCUUGUGCCAAAGGGGAUGUCAUAGAUCCCUAUGUUUGUCUAGAAAUCCAUGGUAUUCCUGCGGAUUGUACAGAGCAGAGAACUAAAACUGUACAGCAGAACAGUGAUAACCCCAUUUUUGACGAGAGUUUUGAGUUUGAGAUAAAUCUGCCAGAGCUUGCUAUGAUGCGGUUUGUCGUGUUGGAUGAUGAUUAUAUUGGCGACGAGUUCAUAGGUCAAUGUGCCAUCCCUCUAGAGUGUUUGCAGCCUGGCUAUAGACAUAUCCCUCUACGCUCUUUUGUGGGAGACGUCAUGGAGCACGUUACACUUUUUGUGCACAUUGCCAUAACAAAUCGACGUGGAGGAGGGAAGACACAAAAGCGUGGCCUGACUGCAAGAAUAGGGAUGAAAACAAGAGACUAUACUAUGCUGAGGAAUACAGGCCUAAAGAUUCUGGAUGACAUCUUCAAAUUAGCAGUCCAUCCGUUAAGAGAAGCAACUGACAUGAGAGAGAACAUACAGAAUGCAAUUCUCUCUGUUAAAGAGCUUUGUGGGCUCCCACCAAUUACCAGUUUGAAGCAGUGCAUUUUGUCCAUGUCUGCACGGCUUGUCAACAGCGAUAACGUUCCUUCAGUGGUCCUCUGUAUGAAAGACAACUUCCCUUACCUGGAAUCUUUGGGGUCUCUAACGGAUGUUCAGAAAAAGGUUCUCGCUGCAUACAACCAGAUGAUUCAAGAGAACAAAUCGCUAAUCGAAACUGCAGUCACCGUUCACGACAAGAUUGUCCAAUGCCAGAAAGCAGCAAUGCACCUUCAUGAAGAACUUCAUAACCUGGGAACAAAAGAGGGCUUGAAAGGAAGAAAGCUCAGCAAAGCCAUUGAAAGUUUUGCGUGGAACAUCACUGUGUUGAAGGGGCAAGGGGACCUCUUGAUGAACGCCAAGAACGAAGCCGUUGAGAACAUGAAGCAGGUUCACCUGGCUUGCUUGUCAUGUGGACUGAGCAAAACAGGAGGUGGGAAUGUGGAUGCCAAGUCCAAGCGAGGCCUCGAAGCCAUAGAAGAGAAGGAGACCGGCGAUGAGAACGGGAGGCUGUGAAAGAAGCCUGUACUGUCUGGUGUGUCAUAUAUUUCAAUAGCCGGAAAUUAUUUUUUUAAUGCAUUUAAAAAAAAAGAGGAGGAAAAAAAAAAGAAGAUUACGCAAGAAUGCCCUCUACAGGGUGUCAGAAGUAUUAAGUCCUCACAAUGCCAGUGUUUUAUUGCAGUUCAUUUAUCUAAGUUUUGAUUUUCUUAGUGGUGACAUUUCUAAACAUUUCAAACGUUGUAUAUGUGUCUGUGUGGGGAGAUCCCAGUAAAACCUCUGCCAUGUGUUACUUUAUUAGCUCUGUUCCUUAUUUAUUUUGUUGACAUUUCUGACCAGAUUUUUAUAAAACUUAGGUGGAUAGAGAGAGUAUAUUAUACACUGAUUUUAUGCCUGGUUUUACUGUGCUAUUCUUUUAGUGGCAGCUUCUAAUGCACUGUCCGACAGAUUUUACCAGCAAAACAAUACAAAAGGCCAAAGAAAGAGAGAGAGAGAGAGAGAGAACUCUUCUUUUAUUGGCAUGGAUUAAUAAUAAGUUUCUUACUAUAGCAGGAACGCUAAAUAAUUAAACUACCCAUUAAAUUAAGCUGAUGAAAUAUUAAGUAGUCAGAAUAUUCUUUUUGACAGAUCUCCAUUGGAUUUCUGAUUAACAUUCCACUGACUUUUUGCUAAUCACAGUUUCAAUGCAUUUGUGAAAUAUGUAUUAAUGGUAGAAAUUGAUCGGUAUUUUUUAAUUCGAAAAAGAUGUGUGAAAUUAAGAGCCCUUCCAGACAGCCAUAUAACCCAGAAUAUCAAGGCAGAAAAUCCCACAAUAUCUGCUUUGAACUGGGUUAUCUGUGUCCACACUGCCAUAUAUUCCAGUUCAAAGCAGAUAAUGUGGGAUUUUAUUCAGCUGUCUGGAAGGGGCCCUAGCUGAGCUCUGCAAAAUGCUAUUGACUAAAACCCCUUCUACAGUGCUAUAUAAUUCAGAUUAUCAAAGCAGAUAAACCACAUUAUCUGCUUUGAACUGGAUUAUAUGAGUCUGCGCUGCCAUAUAGUCCUAUUAAAAGUAGAUCCACUAGUCUGGAUUUUAUAUGGCAGUGUAUAAGGGACCUGAGUGAUACCAGGUUUUGAUUUUACAAAGUGUGCGGGUUUGUUUAGAUACCAUAUAUUUAACCAUUUCGGAAUUAUCUUUCUCCAUUCCAGAAUGUUAUUUUCCACUGCCUUUGUCUGAAAGGGGAUUGUAUAAACUGUGCGCCUGAGAUUAAAGCUCAAAGAUACUCA